GGCGAAAUGAAAAAGCACGUUGCUGCUGCUUUUGAAGAGGAAGACCAACAAGACGCUUGAUCUUUAUAGUAGAGGUGUCAAGCGCAAGAAGUUUUACAUACCAAUGUACCGCGGUCUCGAUCUUCGAGCAUCAAAUGAAGAAAUAAAAUUAGGGGUUCUAUCAGUUUCACUACCUCGCUAUUGCUCACCUAAAUGUAUCGAACAUACUCAACGUACAGAUUUAUUUACAAUACGAUUCGGAAAGAUCUCACACGUUUCAGCGUUUGAACUGCGCUUUGCAAAUGCCACAUAUUUAUUUUCGCCGUUUCAAUCACGGCCGCGUCGGCGUCGAGCCUCGUUUAUUUCGCCCUGAUUUUUACGUUUUUAACCUCUUUACAGCAACUGUGUAUACGUAUCAUUUUUCCACCGACACGCACCUCCGACACGAAAGCGAGAUGAAGAAUCCUUUUUACCUUUUUUUAACCAACUUUUUAUCCACCCUGCUUGCUUCUUCAACACGAACUAAUCUAGUUCUUCCAGACCGACCCUGCCCGCUGACAAAUCAGCUAGGAAAACUCAAGCUGCGUACCCUGUUACUGAUACCCCUUAUUACCGCUUUUGGAACUUCCACAAAAUUGUUCACCAAACCUCCAAGCUAACCUGUUUUUCACCCGAGUGCCUUUUUUUAAUUACAGUGAAGUCCAAUUCUUCGUAUGUUCGAAAAUACCAUUACAACCACGCUCCUGCUGUUAACAACGUUUCGCAAUUUCCGGUCGUUUCAGUUCUCCACUUACGUAAACAGUACUAAUCUAUCUUCGCGAACACAUCACUUCCCCAAUGAGAGGACUCUACUUCGACACGGCAACAAAGUCAUGCAACAAGAUGCCCAUGUAGAAUGAAAAUAAGCAGGACAACAGUUUCCGUUUCCGCGAAUAAUUUGAUUUCUUUUCACCACUUUCUUGUGCUUCUAGCCUAGGAUUGACGCUUCCGCGAAG